GAGCGUAAGUCGAACAUGGCGUCGGCGGUGGUGACUCUGAGGACGCGGGCAGCGGAUUGAGGGGUAGGUAUUGGGAAAAUCAGCAGAAAACGUGACGACAUGGUGUUUAGCCCCCGAACGGUUCCUUCCAAUGUCCCUGCUGAGCCCCUCUCCAGCUACAGCUCUCGCCAUCAGAAAUGCAUCCAAGAAGACAGGCGGCAGCUCCAAAAACCUCGGGGGAAAGUCAUCAGGCAAACGCUUUGGCAUCAAGAAAAUGGAAGGUCAUUAUGUUCAUGCCGGCAACAUUCUUGGGACUCAGCGCCGUUUCCGCUGGCACCCAGGUGCCCAUGAUGAAUUCAACCCCCACUGGACCCUUCCUAAAGGGAGAAGGUGUCUCUGCCUCCAGCUGAAACCACAUCAGCCAAGAGUCUGGGACCUGGGGACUGAGCGGGAUGGUAGCUGCCUCUGCUUCAGGGCCUGGGGAUCUGCUAAACCAGCUAUUGCUGUCCUCAUUGCCUUACAGCCAGAGGGACACGCUCCCCAAUUCCCUAAUGACUUGAGGCCCACUCUUCAGCUCACUUCUCCGCUCCCAUACCCUUCUGAAGACCCACCCAGGUUCUUCAAACCCCUGGCUGAGCAAGCCACACCUCCAGUUCUCUCCCUCGGGGUCACUCCCAGUUCCCUCAGUUCCCCGGUACAUACUUUGUCCCAGGCUCUAAUUCCAGCCCAGAGCUCCACUUCCUCAUUGCCCCCUACCUCUCAGGUAUAGCUGGACAAGGAUGCCCGGGGUUCCUUGGCCCCACUCCUCUGCCCUCGGCGCACACACAUCCGCCCCCUCCCAACUUCAGAAAGUUUGGCCUGGGGCUCCCCACCUCCCCGCAGGCUCCGGCCCAGCCCCGCCUCCUAGCCCCGCUCCCCGCGCCUGACCUUCAUCGUUCCCCGGGCCACAGACCACCCUUCCACUACCUGCUCCUCCCGCCCCGGGCCCCAGUCUGUCCGGCCCGGGUCUCCGGGUCACACACUGCCCCUGCGCGCAGCUCCCUAGGCCUGCCUGGGAAGGGUGCGCCAGGGACCCGAUGCUCAGCUCCAGGUGACCGCCAGCGCCCGCAAACACGCGGCUGGUGCCCCACUUCCCCGGCCAGGGCACCCGCAGCCCCGCCAGGACCCCGCGCGCACCCGCGACCGGCCUGCCCGCCCGUCUGCCCGCCCGGCAAUC